CUGGACUGGGCCGUACUGAUAGUUCAAGGACUCCCAUCUUCGCAUUGUCUCGAAAUUUGGGGUCGGUUGCGAGUGGGAUCGAUCCCCUGCGAACCCGAACGGCCGGACAAGGACCAUCUUAACAACGGGACCGCACCUAUAACGCAAAGAAUUCCCCGUUUGGGCAAGUUCACACCAGCCCGGCCGUGAGGCUCUAGUCUAUGCCCUGACGGCGACACAGGCGACGCGGCCACGAGCUGUGUUCCUGAUCUGGUCGAAUCUCGUCUCAGCCAGAGCCGACCAAAGGUGCACAUGGUUACUCACAAGAUCGCCACGCCACGCACAAUCACACUUCGAAGGUUCAUCUUCCCUACCGUGAAUUUGACUCGCGCCUGUCUGGUAUAAAUCUCGCCCUUCAAAUCUUAAGGUGGUCACAUGUGCACACCUCCAGUUCUUUACCUCAACAUGGUCCGCAUCUGAACGAGUUCUUGACUGUGACUUCUCCUUCUCGCGGUCCUGUAUCUACUUCGUCCACUGAGCACCAAGCCCUACUUGCGUCACUCACUCUGGCCGACAGGACGCUUGCCCACACCACAUCUGCAGUCACUUCUUCGCAGUGACAGGAAGUGACGAUACUCUUGUUUCGUGCUCUUACAAAAGGCCAGCGGUAUCCGUCCCCCUCAGCUUACCCAUUACAUACCCUUGCGAGCCCGGGCAACAACUACCUCUUCGAUACUGGUGACCAAACAUAUCGGAACUCACGACACGUUUCCACCUUUAUGAUGGCUUCGGACCCACCACCACCGACGGCGGUGACCCUCACUUCAGCACAGCUCCAUGCCCUAUUUGACAUCAUCACUCACGAUGAGACGAAUCGUGAAGCCGAGAGUUUCAAAUACCCCUAUGCUAUGAAAGAAUACGGGUAUCCGUUCAGCCUCGACCCACCACAGCCCGGCACUGUCACUUAUAAUGCCAAGUCCGCUUCGCCUUUGCUUCAACUUCUUCUCACCCAAUGCGUCUUAACACUCCCAGGGCUAGGCGAUCUGCCGCAAGAUUUCUGGCCAACCAAAUUCCAGGGCAUCAUGUCUGGGCUGGCCGACGCGAACCUUUCUGAGUCCUACGACAAGGGCGCACCGGGCACUAGGAAGACUCUGGCGACCCUGGCAUGCGUGGUUCAUGAGGCUAUCACGCGCGGGCUUCUAGGCGGUGUGGCCAGGCCGAGAGACAAGAUCGACUUGCAGAAGCAGCAGUACGACGUCACUCAGGCAGCAGAGCUCGAGAGGGCUUGGAACGAGUGUGUCCAGGAGCUCGUUCAUGGACAUCUCAUCGACGAGAUGUUUGACCACUGCGCCAAAAAUGAGGAUUUUGAGGCCCACUCGCCAGCAGUCAAGGCAGCGGUAGACUAUGCAAUCCUUCACAUCGCCUCACUUCUUCAUCGUAUUCUGGUGCUCUCCGCCGAGGGGCAGUACAUUAUCAAGUUAAUUGAGAACGUGCAGAACUUGGUGCCGUAUACAAUGAUGCGGAAUACGCUGUGGAUAGGCAAUGCAGCUUCCAUGAUCAAUGGCAUGAUGCGUAUAUUCCUGGCCAAAAUGAGUGUCACGGCAAUGACCAACUGGAUUGGCUGGACGAAGGAGGCUGACGAUGGUAUGAAUCUGCUACAAAGGAUCAUACACCUUGUACUGUCUUGGGAUGCCAGUGACUUCCGAAAACAAGCCGAGAAGGUCGAAUCUUCCAAGGAUAGGCCGAGCAAGGAACAACUAGCUACCCUCAGGGACCACAUAGCCUCGUCGCGCGAAGUCCAAGAGGAAGCUCGCCGCAAGAGCUUAGCGGAGCAGAAGUCUAUUAUCUCAGUAAUCCUCAACUCGGCCGACCCCAAGCUGACAGCUUCCAUGAGUGAAGCUCAGCACAUGCAAUGCAUGCAAUGGUAUUCGGCACAUCUGUCAGUGCGCGACAGGAAUGAGCUCAGCAACGUGUUCUGUAAAUCCGUCCCGGACUACUUGACUGUUGUGAUGCGCGAUGCCGUGUCCGCAUACGAGCCGUUCAUCAGGAGUCUUCACGGCAGCAUGGAUCUCCGGCCGCAAAUUACUGCGAUGGAGACCUUCCUGAAUGACUUCAUCGAGACGAGCAAACCGAAACAGGGGAAGAACCCUAACGGCAGCAACGGCAGCAAGUGGAAAACCCUUGGGUCUUCGAGCGGCAGGAGUACCCCCGUGAAGACGAGGCCGCCUUCGGUAGAGGACUACGUGGCCCUCCUGCGGCGAAAUCGGCAUCUGCUCUACAAGUACAUGCACCAGUUCACCGCGAACUGCACCGACGUCCGGGACAAGUUCCGAUUGUGGGCCAAUGAGACGAUACACAGGUUUCGGGACGCCAACGAGGCGGCACCAGCGAGCAGCGCGGGACGCGGUUCAGGUGCAGCCGGGGCAAUGAGCAGCUCUCUGCAGGAGAUAUUCAGCCAGCUCCCACCAGAGACCCAGAAGUCGGUCGUGUCUGCCCUGGACUCGCACGCAGAAUACCUCUCCAAUGCCUCGGACAUCUCCGCGCAGCGCAUGCAGCGGAUACUCGACGCGCUGAAAGAGAGCUCGGCCAAUUCCAGUGGGAAUGGUAUCCGCAGUAAGCGCAACACCCCGCGAGGUAGUUCAGAAGGAGAUGACAUGUCCGGUCCAGGUGUCUACCUGAUGCGGUGGGAAUCAACCCUGGACCGCACGCUCAUCACGCCCGCGACACCUCAGGGCUCAGUCAGGACGGGGAGGGACGUCAAGGGCGAGAAGGUCUCGGGAAAGACCGGUGCCGACGGCAUCAAGGAUGGGUGGGACCCCGGCGCGAUAGCUAGGCAGGAAGACAGUACUGUGCCUCAGGCACCAGAUGUCAGUGUUGUGAUGGAGGCUCUCGGGGCGGGCUUCCAGGACCUGGUGAGGGAGGCCGUGGGCCAGGCGGGUCCGCCGACGACGCUGACGGAGUCUAGUACAGCAUAGAGUGUUGAUGGUUCGGUUUGCAGCCAAGACCGGGGGG